GCGCCCCACCGAGCCCGCGGGGUCGCUAAAAGCAGCCGCGCUGAGGGCCGGUCCCUCAGAGCCGUCACCAUGUGCAGUAGGGAGUGCAGUGAGGAGUGCAGUGGGCUUCUGCCGCCUUUCCGUCACUUCGCCACCGAUGCCAUCCACUAUGCGCAGGAGCCCGAGCAGUGGAAUUCCAAGGCCGUGGUGCCGCCCAUCACGCUCUCCACCACCUUCAAGCAGCGAGUGCCCCCGAAGGACGAGGAGUACAAAUACACCCGGUUCGACAAUCCGAACAGGCAUAUCCUGGAGAAGGUUAUGUCUGUCCUCGAUGGAGCCAAAUACUGCUUGGCUUAUUCCUCUGGCAUGGCAGCAAUUCUGAACAUCUGUCACCUGCUGAAGUCAGGGGAAACAAUUAUCUCCAUGGAUGAGGUGUAUGAAGGCACAAGAGAAUUAUUUGACAAAAUGAAAAAGGAGUUUAAUUUGAAAGUGUUUUAUGUUGACUUCAGAGACCCAAAAAAGCUGGAAGAAAAAAUGGAAGAAUAUUGCAAGACAACCACGCUGGUUUGGUUCGAGAGCCCCACGAACCCCACGCUGAAGGUGAUCGACAUCAAAGCCUGCGCAGACAUUGCACACAAGUUUGAAGACAAAGACAAAAAAGUGCUGGUGGCAGUGGACAACAGCUUCAUGUCUCCAUAUUUCCAGCGUCCUUUGGCCCUGGGGGCUGAUAUUUGUAUGUCUUCUGCAACCAAAUACAUCAAUGGGCACAGUGAUGUCCUCAUGGGCCUGGUCUCUGUAAACAAGAAAUGUCUCUAUGAGCAGCUGCAAUUCCUGCAGAAGACCCUGGGAGCUGUCCCCUCUCCCUUUGACUGCUUCCUCUGCAACCGGGGCCUCAAGACUCUGCACAUCAGGAUGAAGCUGCACUUCCACAACGGCCUGGCUGUGGCCAAAUUCCUGAAACACCAUCCCUGUGUGGAGAAAGUCAUUUACCCAGGGCUGGCUUGUCACCACCAGUGCUCUGUGACACAGAAGCAGUGCACAGGUGUUUCAGGGAUCGUCAGCUUCGAAAUCAAAGGGGAGCAAGAAAAUGCCUUUGCCUUUCUCAGGAACCUGAAGGUGUUCACCGUGGGCUUUAGUGUGGGCGGCUACGAGAGCCUGGCCGAGCAUCCGUACACAAUGACCCACAAAGAUCUGCCUGAGAAGGAAAAGGAACAUCUGGGAAUCACAAAGACCUUGAUCCGCCUCUCGGUGGGGCUGGAGGAUGAGAAGGAUCUGCUGGCAGACCUGGACCAGGCCCUGAAGGCUGCGCUUAAACCUUGUGUAAGCCUUGAGGGUCAAUAAGGACCUUGGAACUGGACAUGGCUGUGGACGAGGACACGGAAAACCAAACCCCUCUUGCUUUGCCUCUGGAAUUCCAGC